AUGGAGUUGACUCUCCGGGAAAGCACAGAUUCUGUGACAUCCGGUCGCCAAGGCAGCCCCAAUUCAGUUCACGGUCUGUGCCGCUUCUUCCAGGCUGGUUGCUGCACUCGAGGCGAAAAGUGUUGGUACAAACAUGAACUCGAAAUACCCACGGCGUCAGAGACGGUCGCUGUGUCUUCCACCACCACUACUACUACCACACCGUCUUCCACCACCACCAUUACUACCACCACCACUACCACCACUACUCCCAAUGCCUCUGCAACUGCCGACCCGUCAGAGGUCGAGACUUGCUCGAUCUGUUUCGAUAAGCCGGAGACUUACGGGCUAAUGACCGGCUGCGAUCACAUCUUUUGUCUAUCUUGUAUCAGGAAGUGGCGCUGCAGCUCCAGCACGGCCCGCAACGGACGACAUGACGAUCCUUACGCCGACGAUCCACAUGCGCUCGCAAGCACCUCCAAAACCUGUCCGCUCUGCCGUGUUCGCACUCGAUACAUCAUCCCGUCGGUUGUAUUUCCCACUACCACUCCGCAGAAAAAGCAAAUAGAGCGAGUGUAUCGACUUCGUCUAUCCAACAUUCCUUGCCGAUACUUUGUUGCUUCUCUACAGCCUCGAGCUCCCCCGCCUCGCAACGAGAGCGGCCUCGUUCCCCCUCAUGGCCGCCUAAGCAAUGCUCCAUGGUGCCCGUUUGGUAACGAAUGCCAUUACCAGCAUCAGAAGGUUCCAGGGGUCCCCUACAACUUCAGCGAGUCUGAGUUAGCACGUGCGAUGUGGGGACAGCGGGCUGCGGCUCGUCGUCGGGCCGCUUCUCGGUGGGGACGAGAGGGCGGAGGCCGGGCGUCGUAUGGUCAAGAGUGGGUGAUACGGCACAUAGAUGAUGAUGAUCACACACAGCACGAGAACACAAGCACCGCGGAUGCAGAUGACGACGACAGUUGGGAUACUGCUGAUAUGGCUGUGCUGAUGGCGGGUUUGAUGGAGAUUCAUGGACCUGCUGCGGACUGGGGUGGUGAUACUACUGGCGUUGAGGCGAUGGACGACUUUCUCGCGACGGCUUUCAGUUGA